AAAAAAAAAACAAAAAAUAAAGCCCAAACAAAUAGGGUUUAAGAGCCCAUUAAAUCAGAGCCCAGCAACGUUCGUGUUUGUUUUGUUCAGUUGAUAUAGAACCAGUCUCGAACUCUAGUAGAUUCGUUGUCUCGAGCUACGUGAUAUUCCGGUAAACCGUCGCCGGAGAUGUACAGUAGAUAAUUCAAAUCGAGCUGCCACGUCGCUAUUUUCCCACCAACUUUUUUUUUUUUAAAUAAUUGGAAAAAGUUUCUAAUUUACACGCUUCCCAAUUCGUAAACAAUGUUCUUUAAAAGUAAAACGAAAUUUUUUUUGGAUUUGAAGAUAAAAGAUCCAAAAUAAAAACAAAAUUGAAGAUAAAUUUUUAGGGUUUAUAACGACCCGCCAAAUUCCUUCUCUCCUCCAACAUUUCAGAUUUCGCGACCCGGAUCUUAACCCGGACCCGCAUUUGUUUCGGUUCCGAUCUGGUUUCUUGACAAUGGCGUCAGAAGCUUCGCCUUCUUCUUCGGCCACCAGAUCGGAGCCACCCAAAGACUCUCCGGCGGAGGAGAGAGGUCCAGCUUCUAAGGAAGUAUCAGAAGUAAUAGAAUCGCUAAAGAAGAAGCUUGCAGCUGAUAGGUGUAUAUCAAUAAAGAAAAGGAUUGAUGAAAACAAGAAGAAUUUGUUUGCUAUUACUCAAAGUUUUAUGAGGUCUUCUAUGGAACGAGGAGGUAGCUGUAAAGAUGGCAGUGAUCUUUUAGUUAAGAGGCAAAGAGAUUCGCCAGGUAUGAAAAGCGGAAUCGAUGAAAGUAAUAACAACAGAUAUGUAGAAGAUGGACCUGCCAGUUCAGGAAUGGUUCAAGGAUCUAGUGUCCCUGUCAAAAUUUCCUUACGUCCUAUCAAAAUGCCUGAUAUCAAACGUUUGUCACCUUAUACCACAUGGGUUUUUCUGGACAGAAAUCAAAGAAUGACUGAAGACCAGUCUGUAGUGGGUCGAAGGAGAAUUUAUUAUGAUCAAACUGGCGGGGAAGCGCUUAUCUGCAGUGAUAGUGAAGAGGAGGCCAUUGACGACGAAGAAGAAAAAAGAGAUUUUUUGGAGCCUGAAGAUUAUAUUAUUCGCAUGACCCUUGAGCAACUAGGUCUUUCAGACUCAGUCCUGGCGGAACUAGCAAGUUUCUUGUCUAGAAGUACUAGUGAAAUCAAGGCAAGACAUGGAGUGCUUAUGAAGGAAAAAGAAGUAUCCGAGAGUGGCGAUAAUCAAGCAGAGAGCUCCCUUCUCAACAAAGAUAUGGAAGGAGCAUUAGAUUCUUUCGAUAACCUGUUCUGCCGUAGAUGCCUUGUAUUUGAUUGCCGGCUUCAUGGGUGUUCACAGGAUCUCAUUUUUCCGGCUGAGAAACCAGCUCCAUGGUGUCCUCCUGUAGAUGAAAAUUUAACCUGUGGUGCAAACUGCUAUAAAACGCUUCUCAAGUCUGGAAGAUUUCCGGGAUAUGGCACCAUUGAAGGUAAAACUGGCACUUCAUCAGAUGGUGCAGGUACUAAAACCACACCCACGAAGUUCUCCAGCAAACUUAAUGGGAGAAAACCAAAGACCUUCCCAAGUGAAAGUGCAUCGUCUAAUGAAAAGUGCGCACUAGAAACAAGUGACUCAGAGAAUGGACUACAGCAGGAUACCAAUUCCGAUAAAGUUUCAUCAUCGCCAAAGGUGAAAGGUAGUGGGAGACGAGUAGGUCGUAAGAGGAACAAAAACCGAGUUGCUGAGCGAGUUCCUCGUAAGACUCAGAAGAGGCAGAAGAAGACAGAAGCCUCGGAUAGUGAUUCCAUCGCCAGUGGAAGUUGUUCACCCAGCGAUGCAAAACAUAAAGAUAAUGAAGAUGCUACUUCCUCUUCUCAGAAGCAUGUAAAAUCUGGGAACUCCGGGAAGUCAAGGAAGAAUGGCACUCCUGCCGAAGUCUCCAAUAAUUCUGUGAAGGAUGACGUUCCUGUUUGCCAGUCAAAUGAGGUUGCGUCAGAGCUUGAUGCGCCGGGUAGUGAUGAAAGUCUAAGGAAAGAAGAGUUUAUGGGUGAAACUGUAUCUCGAGGAAGAUUGGCUACAAAUAAGUUGUGGAGACCACUUGAGAAAAGCCUUUUUGAUAAAGGUGUUGAGAUUUUUGGAAUGAAUAGCUGCUUGAUUGCUAGAAAUCUUUUGAGUGGUUUCAAAUCAUGUUGGGAGGUCUUCCAAUACAUGACGUGCUCGGAAAAUAAAGCUUCCUUCUUUGGAGGUGAUGGAUUGAAUCCUGAUGGCUCUUCCAAGUUCGAUAUCAAUGGAAAUAUGGUUAAUAACCAAGUGAGGAGAAGGUCAAGAUUUCUACGUAGGAGAGGCAAAGUGCGGCGCUUGAAGUAUACCUGGAAGUCUGCUGCAUAUCAUUCAAUUAGGAAAAGAAUUACUGAGAAGAAAGACCAGCCCUGCCGUCAGUUUAAUCCAUGUAACUGCAAAAUUGCUUGUGGGAAGGAAUGUCCUUGUUUGCUAAACGGGACUUGCUGCGAGAAGUACUGCGGUUGCCCAAAGAGCUGCAAGAAUAGGUUUAGAGGUUGUCAUUGUGCCAAAAGUCAGUGUCGAAGCCGCCAGUGUCCAUGCUUUGCUGCAGAUCGGGAAUGUGACCCAGAUGUUUGUAGAAACUGCUGGGUCAUUGGUGGGGAUGGUUCGCUUGGGGUCCCAAGCCAAAGAGGCGAUAAUUAUGAGUGCAGGAAUAUGAAAUUGCUCCUGAAACAACAACAAAGGGUUUUACUUGGAAUAUCUGAUGUUUCUGGUUGGGGAGCUUUCUUAAAGAACAGUGUAAGUAAGCAUGAAUACCUUGGGGAAUACACAGGAGAGCUGAUCUCACAUAAAGAGGCAGAUAAACGCGGGAAGAUAUACGAUCGCGAGAACUGCUCUUUUCUCUUCAAUCUAAACGAUCAGUUUGUGCUAGAUGCUUACAGGAAAGGAGAUAAACUGAAAUUCGCCAACCAUUCUCCUGAACCUAACUGUUACGCAAAGGUCAUCAUGGUUGCUGGAGAUCACAGGGUGGGGAUCUUCGCAAAAGAGAGGAUACUGGCUGGAGAAGAACUAUUUUACGAUUACCGGUAUGAGCCAGAUCGAGCUCCAGCUUGGGCCAAAAAACCUGAAGCUCCUGGUUCUAAGAAAGACGAAAAUGUUACACCUUCUGUUGGUAGACCCAAGAAGCUUGCUUAGCAACAAAAGAAACAACCAUUUUUUUGUCAAUUCUUUGGUUACAGGUGGAAGAACGCUUUAAUCCUCAUUACUCUCCACACGGAAGAACACAUUGAAACAAAUUCAUACAUUUUGCUGAGUCUAAAGAAAAAUUGUAUUCGUUGGAUUAAAAUUUCCUUUUUUCGUUUUACAUUUCUGGAUUAUCAUUUUAUUGUACUGAGACUCGGGUUAAAGUUUUUAAAUUACAGAUGAGAAACUUGGUGAGCUUUGGAGCUGACAUCAAUGUGGUA